GGAAGAUCAUGUAUAAAGACUUGUUCCUCACCGAGCGAAAGGCAGCACAAGUCAGUCAGUAGUCCCCAGCAAUGCUUCUCUCAUCCCCCCAUCAAGCGUCCUUUGUUUCGACUCUGCUGCUCUUCUUUUCCGCAUGCAGCAUUGCGAUCAACACCAACCGCACCAUCUCCAUCGGAUACAUCCUCUACCCCGGCUUUGAACUCCUCGACGUAUACGGCCCUCUCGAGCUCCUUUCUUCUGCAUCUUACCUCCACAACAUGACCCUAUCCCUCAUCUCUUUCACCACUGGCCCAGUAGCUUCUCGCCCUCCUGGCCACCUUAUGGAUCCAUCGAUGCCCCCGGUCGACACCAGCCACAUGAUUGGUCCGACAACGGUCGCCACGCACACGUUUGAGAACGCACCGCCACUGGACAUCAUCAUGGUCCCAGGAGGCAUGGGAAACGUCGCCCUCGAGCAAGAGAACAACACCGUCAUGGAAACCUUCAUUGCCCGCCGUUUCGAUCAUGCCUCAUAUGUCCUUUCCGUAUGCACAGGCACCGUGACACUAGCCCGCGCCGGCGUUCUCUCGGGCCGACGCGCAACGACGAACAAAUGGGCGUGGAGCUGGGUCACGGAUCCAGCCCAUGGAAAGAACAUCACCUGGGUGCCGAGCGCGCGGUGGGUUGAAGAUGGCAAGGUGUGGACGAGUUCGGGCGUUGCAGCUGGGUUGGACAUGAUGUAUGCUUUUUUGAAGCAUUUAUUUGGAGCUGAGGAACUGGAUUCGCUUUUGAAUCAGAUUGAGUAUGCGCCACAUGUGGAUCCACAUUGGGAUCCGUUUUCAGUGGUGCACAAUGUUCCGGGAGCGGACAGGAAUAGGUCAUUGGCGGACUGUGUUGUGCCAGCUGGCCACUGACGAUACAAAGAGUUGGCCAGGCUAGCAUUUCGGUCUGCACUGUAGAGAGAGGAAGCACAUCCACUAACAAAAGAUUAACUGCUAGAAAUGUUGACGGGGUAUACCGUUAAGCAGACUCUGGCUCCGUGCUCCGAAAAAAGCAACACACCCAAUGCACGCUCUUCGCACCAC